AUGAAUAUGUCAGAUUUACCUAAACCCGUCCAACUAGCUGUAACGAAGUUGGUUCCAGCGUCUGUUUUGAACAAUAUUACUUGUUUUGUAUUUUACGAUAAACAUCCAAGUGAUGACAAAAAUAUUGAUAUUACAAUAUGUACCGCAAUGGGGGAAGUGCUUGAAUAUUACGAAAGAAACUUAGUGUGUUCGAUAAAACUGCCAAACAACGCCAAACCGACAUCAAUUAAAAUAUUAAGGAACCCAAACUGUGAUCUUUUUUAUUUAGUGAUUACGAAGGAACAAAUAACUAUUGUAGCAAGAAAAGAAAAGCUAGUGGUCCACAAAGUAGUAAAUAAUGUCGAUAAAUACGAUAUCGAUGAUGGUUCAUGCAAUGGACAAGCAUGUUUGAGAAUAUUCCGCAGAGGUGACGCCGUUCCACUCAUAUUUGACGAUAACUUUGAACAUUUUAAACGACCAGACAUAUCAGUAACAGUUUCUGAAGCAGAGAAUGAAGAAACAGUACCUAUUAUAGCCCAUUUGAUGAGGAAAUUGACUGAGGCCAGGUAUAGUGUGCAUCAUAGUGAGAAAACUUAUAAAGAAUUGUUAGAUCUCCAUCAAAGGGUUGCAUUUGAAUCUUAUAAGAAGAUUCAUCCUAAUUUGCAGGAUUCUGUGUUUAAUAAUGGCCCUGAAGAGAUUGCAUCUGCCCUGCGGAUUAAAACAGAAACUCCUUGGACAAAAGUUUGCAAUAAGAAAAUUGUGAUUGCUAUAGAAGUCAUCAAUUUAAAUAAAGAGAGCCUAGAAGACGUCCACAUCCUAGUACACGGCACUACGGGACAAUCAAUAGAAUAUACAACAAAAUUAUUUGAAGAAAUCUCAACUAAUACAAAUAAUUUACCAUUUUGGACUGAAAUUCAAACACAGGCCUUAAAAACUAAUGUUACAUCGGCUAUAGUUUUUAUAAUGGACAUAAAGGACAUAAUAGACAGUCUUAUGUGCAAAUUAAGUCUAAAUGCUGUUAUAUUUUACAAGAAGAAAGGAAAGGAAUAUAUCCUUCCUGUACAAGAACUAGAAUUAUAUGCUAAAGAUACCAUCGGUGCGAAGUUUGAUGCCAUUGCUAGCACUCCUAUAGAUUCCAAAACUAUGCUGGCCAUACUAGCAACAACAGAAAAAACAGAUCUUCUACUCAGACAUAUUCUGAGAUCUAAGGAAACAGCGUUGUCUCUUGAUAUCCUAUGCCAGCAUCUGAUGAUGGAAAAACUGGAUCAUUAUAGUAAUAUCAUCAUACAUAGGAGUUCUCCCUAUCAUACUUUAAAUGGUGUUAUGAUUCUAAUGCACAGUGAACAAACUGAUGUAAAUGAUUAUACUACUUUAUCUGUGUAUUCUAGGACACCAUCUCAAGUGUUAGCUCUCAUCCACUGCAUACACGAUGCUGUACCUCUAACACUAGUCAUAACGACGCCUGACCAAAAAAUCCAAGCAAAAGACGACAAACUAGCAAAAUUCAACGAAGAAAGUAUAGAUUGCACACAAAAAUUAUACAAUUACCAAAACUAUGCAUCAACUAUAUUGAAACGGACUAAACUAGCGUUGAAGUACUUGGACGAUACCAUGGUGAAAAUGGGCGAGUCUAAAAAUCCUUUAGUUCAGAGUAAGAUUGGUAGUGAAAUUGACCUCUUUGCUGCUGGGCAGGGAAGGUAUAUGGAGUUUAAGGAUAAAAUGAGGAAGGAGGCAGCUUUGGGUGUUAAAUCGUUGUAUGAAGAUGAAAGGGGAGAGUCGGGAGAUUCCGACGACGAUGUUAUGUGUAUAGACUGA